AUGGCCGACUUUGGGGAAUACCCGCCCAAUAUGGCGCCGCAGGAUGCGCUCGUGGUGCGACAGCAGGCGCAGCCAGACCACGAGGUUGUUCCCUAUACAGCUGAUGAUCUUGCACGGACAAAGGCUGGCCCUGCCUAUCCCUACAAGCAAGGAACAAACACUCUCAAGCGCAAGAACGUUUUGACCGGCCAUGCUGAAGAGAUGUUUGUGAGCGAACAUUCUUUCAGAGCCAAGCACAGGGCUUUUGAGGCCAACAACGGCCCGUCCAAGAUGCGACCCAGCCGAGAAAAGAAGGGAGACGCAAGUGUGGCUCAAGGUGUUGGCGAGUAUGUUGGUCCCUGGGCUAAAUUCAAAACACAACAAUAUGAAGAGGUCGAAGUGGCCGAUGACGACGACGAGUACGAAUACGAAGAGGUGGAAGAAGAAGAAGAGGUUGUCGAGAGCGGGACGGUCGUGCAAGCACCUUCGGGUGCUCUCGCGCGACGCAAAGAAGUGGAAGAUUUGGGAGAGGAAACGACCACCUUCCAUGGCUCCGAAGAAUUCGACUACCAAGGCCGAACAUACAUGCACGUUCCCCAGGAUCUGGAUGUGGAUCUGCGCAAGGAGGUUGGAAGCGUCACAAAUUUCAUACCAAAGAAGCAAAUCCACAGCUGGAAGGACCAUUCUGGAGCUGUUACAGCGCUACGCUUCAUCCCGAGAUCCGGACACUUGCUUCUAUCAGCUGGCGCAGACACGACAGUCAAGAUUCGCGAUGUCUAUCAUGACAAGGAACUGCUGCGGACGUAUUCUGGCCACACCAAGUCAUUGUCCGACAUUUGCUUCAACGGGUCGGGAACCCAAUUCUUGUCUGCAUCGUACGACCGCAUGAUUAAACUUUGGGAUACGGAGAAGGGCAUCUGCAUCAACAAGUUCACGACUGGCAAAACUCCUCACGUUAUUAAAUUCAACCCCGAUCCUGAGCACUCCAACGAGUUCCUAGCCGGUAUGUCAGACAAGAAGAUUGUUCAGUUUGAUAUACGCACGCCAAACCAGGUGGUUCAGGAGUACGACCAUCACUUGGCUGCCAUCAACACCAUUACUUUUGUCGACAAUAAUCGCCGUUUCAUGACGACGUCUGAUGACAAGUCACUCCGCGCAUGGGAUUACAACAUCCCUGUGCCCAUCAAAUACAUUGCCGAGCCCGACAUGUAUCCUAUGACGAGAGCGGCACUUCACCCCUCUGGCAAGUAUGUCGCAUACCAAAGCUCGGACAACCAGGUCCUCGUCUACGGUGCCAACGACAAGUUCCGCCAGAACAGGAAGAAGAGCUACAGAGGUCACAACAAUGCUGGUCUGGCGAUUGAUUUGGAUUGCAGCCCUGAUGGCCAGUUCCUUGCUUCCGGUGACCAGGCCGGCUUCGUUUGCUUCUGGGACUGGAAGACGUGCAAGAUGUACCACAAGCUAAAGGCGGGUAACCAAGCCAUUACGUGUGUGCAGUGGCACCCGCAGGAAACGAGUAAGGUUGUUACAGCCGGUUUGGAUGGAGAUAUUCGAUAUUGGGAUUAA